AGACAGGCCAUGCUGAGUUCGGGGAGUACUGAUGAUCAGCGUGAUCUACGUGCAUGUUAGGUAUCCGAAAAUUAGUUUUAUCUCAGUUGUACAUAUAUCCGGGAUACUUCAAGCUCGUACUUUGCCUGUUUGCCGAUGUCCGACUAGCAGCAGAUUUGUGCUUAUUGGCGAGAGACUGAGCAGCAAUGGAAUUUAAAUAACGAAUGGAGCUCACCACAACACUGGUAAACACUGAGCAGGUCACAAACCUAGUUUGCGAAGCUUUCGUAUUUGUGCUUCGGUUUACGAGUUCAUGGCCGGAGCGUACCAAAACGCAAAGCGCGAUCUCCCCAAGAUACGUGAUGAGGAGAAGGAAUCGCGAUACGGACAAGUAUUUGGUGUAUCCGGCCCUGUCGUCAUUGCCGAGAACAUGGCAGGGGCGGCGAUGUAUGAGCUCGUCAGAGUUGGUCAUGAAGAGCUUGUUGGAGAGGUCAUCCGAAUAGAUGCAGAUAAGGUCACUGUACAAGUCUAUGAAGAGACCUCGGGUGUGACUGUAGGUGAUCCAGUGUUGCGCACGGGGAAGCCGUUGAGCGUGGAACUUGGACCAGGCUUAAUGGGUAAUAUUGUCGAUGGGAUUCAAAGGCCGCUCAGAGGCAUUCAAGAGCAAACCAAAUCCAUUUAUAUCCCGAAAGGCAUCAACACGGACUCACUAGACCGAUCUCUUCGAUGGGAUUUUAUGCCUACCAACUUGAAGACUGGCGAUCAUGUUUCUGGUGGCGAUAUAUUUGGCACGGUGUUCGAGAAUUCCUUGAUUGACAAACACAAAAUUAUCCUCGGGCCUCGGGCACUCGGGACUAUCACUUAUAUUGCUGAGAAGGGGAGUUACAACGUGGAUGACACCGUUCUGGAGACUGAAUUUGAUGGGAAAAGGACGAAGCAUAGCUUGAUGCAAGUCUGGCCCGUGCGGGCCCCACGGCCCGUGUCGGACAAACUAACUGCUGACCAUCCGCUGUUAACUGGACAACGAGUACUGGAUUCCCUGUUUCCAUGUGUCCAGGGAGGAACUACCGCGAUCCCUGGAGCAUUCGGCGCGGGGAAGACUGUGAUUUCUCAAGCUCUCUCUAAAUUCUCAAAUAGCGACAUCAUAGUUUACGUUGGGUGUGGCGAACGAGGGAACGAAAUGGCUGAAGUCCUCAUGGAGUUCCCAGAACUCACCAUGGACUUGGGUAAAGGGCGACAGGAACCGAUUAUGAAGCGGACCACACUGGUUGCUAAUACUUCUAACAUGCCUGUAGCAGCCCGUGAAGCAUCCAUAUACACCGGAAUAACCCUUGCCGAAUAUUGGAGAGAUCAGGGCACGAAUGUCUCUAUGAUGGCCGAUUCGACAAGCCGCUGGGCUGAAGCCCUGCGGGAGAUUAGCGGUCGUCUUGCAGAAAUGCCUGCCGACUCUGGCUAUCCCGCAUAUCUCGGAACCAAGUUGGCCAGUUUUUAUGAACGCGCAGGCAAAGUCACUUGUCUUGGUAGCCCCCGACGAACUGGCACUGUCUCAAUUGUUGGAGCUGUCUCUCCUCCAGGCGGAGAUUUUUCGGAUCCGGUCACUUCUGCUACGCUCGGCAUCGUGCAAGUCUUCUGGGGCUUGGAUAAAAAGUUGGCGCAGAGAAAGCAUUUCCCCUCUGUAAACUGGAGUUUGUCAUUCUCGAAGUACAUCAAAGUCCUCGAGCCUUACUACACCAGUAAAGCGCCAGGCUUUAUCGAUUAUCGCAGCCGUGCGAAGGAGAUUCUCCAAAAGGAAGAAGAUCUUGCGGAAAUCGUCCAAUUAGUUGGGAAAAGCGCACUUGGGGAGACUGAAAAAGUUACUCUGGAGGUAGCACGUAUGCUUAAAGACGACUUUCUUCAACAAAAUGGAAUGAGCGAAUAUGAUCGCUUCUGUCCAUUUUAUAAGACGAGCGCCAUGCUUCGCAAUUUCGUUGUCUACAACGAUGCUGCCAUUAAAGCAGUGGGAGGGGAGAGGGGUGGCUCCAAUGAUGGGGAUCUCACUUUUGCUCAAGUCAAAGAUAAGACAGCCGACUUGAUGUUUAAGCUUUCCCAGAUGAAGUUUGAGAGCCCUUCCCAAGGAGAGCAGGAGGUCAAGAAAAAAUUGGACGGACUAUAUGGGGAAAUCCAGGAGAGAUUCCGUCAACUCGGAGAGUGAUUUAUGAGAACUCCGGAAGUUCCGAUCUCUAAAUCCUUUAUCCCUUCCUAUGUACCACUCUUGUAAGGGGUGCUAUUCCCGGCGGAUUUUUCUGCAUUAAGACAGGGGUUCUUUAAUGAUUAAGAAUGAUAGCUAAACAACCUUGAACAACCAGAGGAUAAUAGAUACAGAAGACGGAGGGCAGAAACCAUGAUUCUAAAACUUGCCAGUCCCAUAUCAAUCGUAGCACGGUC